AGUCACACAGACACAGGGCAGGGAGAGCUACAGCCUCCGUCCCCACGGGCGCCCGCCCCUCACAAACCCACCGCAUUCUUUGCCGCGAGCUCUGGUGAGCGCCUGGGGUUGCCACGGGACGCGGUGCGCAUGCGCGGGGACACCUAGUGAGACGGGCGUGAGCCAGGUCCUCGCGUUACCCCUGGAAACCACCGGAGCUUCGGCGACUCGAGGGGGAAAAGGUCAGGCGAUUCAAGAUGGCGGAGGACCUGGACGACCUCUUAGAUGAAGUGGAGUCCAAGUUUUGCACACCCGACCUUCUAAGACGGGGCGUGGUCGAGCAACCCAAAGGUUGCCACGGCGGCACCCACAGCAGCGACCGGAACCAAGCCGAGGCGAAAGAGAAUCUCAGAUCAACGGAAACAUUUAAAAGAGAAGAUGAGCUUGAUAGUCUGAUUAAUGAAAUAUUUGAAGAACCCAACUUGGACAAAAAACCAUCUAAAUUAAAAUCUAAAUCUUCCGGUAACACAUCUGUCAGAGCUUCCAUUCAAGGCCUUGGUAAAAGUUGCAGUCCGGUGUACCUUGGUGGAAGCUCUAUUCCAUGUGGGAUUGGAACAAGUAUUUCAUGGAGAGCAUGUGACCAUCUGCGUUGUAUAGCCUGUGAUUUCUUGGUGGUAAGCUAUGAUGACUAUAUGUGGGACAAAUCAUGUGAUUAUCUGUUUUUCAGGAACAACAUACCAGAAUUCCACAAAUUAAAAGCAAAGUUAAUAAAGAAGAAAGGAACACGAGCAUAUGCCUGCCAGUGUAGCUGGAGAACUAUUGAAGAACUGACUGACCUUCAAACAGAUCGUCAGCUUCGUUGGGUUUGUGGUAAACAUUAAGAAUGCAGACUGCACAUUCGGACAGAUGCAUCCAUGAGAGCAGUAUCCAUUAAUCAUCAUAAUGUUUAGGCAAUGGUCCCUAGCAAUACAUUCCUUGUGGGAAAAGGCAGUGAAUUUUACUGAUACAACUACACAAGUUUUUAAGACCAAAUGGACUAAGGAAGAUUAUUAUAACACUUUGGAAUUUUUUUUUCAUAUAUAUAUAUAUGGAUGUUUCACUUAGUAAGUAACAGGCAUCUACAUUCUUUACUAAUCUGUCUUCUGUUAAAUAGAAGUUUAAUUAUGGAGUUUCAUACAAAUAUCUAGUUUUUCAUUAGUAACUUCAACAUUGAUGGCCAAUACACUUAGCAAAACAUUCCCCACUUGUAGCAGUUAAAACAGGUAAAGCCAGCCAGGGCAGAGAGGUCAUUUAGGGGUGUCUACAACACUUCCUCCAGACAGAUCUGUUGUUGGCAAAGAUCAUAAUUUAGACAUGGAAGAAACCAGGUGAUGAGUGGCUAGCUGAAGGCUGUUCAGGAGUUACAGGUAUUUUGCAAAAACACUGCCUCAUAGCUGAUCUUACCUCACAAACUCAAAGCAGUGUUAUGUACAAUAUUAAAUGUACAUUACUAGUUUUAGCUUAUUUUUCCCUCUUUUGUUUAUUUAGAUAUUGAAAGUUGUUUUCUCUUUUCAAUGCUCAAUAAUAUAUAAAAAGUUUGAUGCACCUAAAAUCACAAAAACUCUAAAACAUACAGGUUAUUGUGGGAUUUUUCAAAUACUUUUUAUCCUUUAAUACCUAAAACUCUAUCAAGUGAAGAAAAUAGCAAGUAAGAUAAUUUUUCAGGCAGCCUGUGGACUUUUCUGGUAGGAUCAGGUUGACAUAUCGUUUAUUAGGUGAGUACAUCAAAACACAAAGCAUAUCUGAACCAGCAGGUAACCUGUUGGGCUCCCUCCUGACAUCACUGAGAUCUGAGGAACCCUACAAUAGCAGCACAUUCAGGAAAUCAGAUCCCUCAAAAUUUCUAGCUCCCAACCCCAUUGAGAGAUUUUGGGACUUUCCAAUCUGCCACAGACUCUCUGCUACAUGUGUCUACUGUAUAGUUUAAAUGUGUGAUGCAGGGCACACUGAAAGGGAAUAAUUCCAACAAGGUUAUAAUCUUAGUCUCAUGCUGAAUUUGUUCCAGCCACCCUACUUAAGGGAGGAAGAUUUGAUCAUUAGAAUCCUUUUCCUAGCCAUGACACAUUUACAUACUUGUGAAAUUUAAUGUAGUAAGUCUAGCAUUACAACAGAACAGAUCUUACAAUGACCAAUGCUCAUACUUUUGUAUUAAGGAUAUUAUAACAGACCGGGCAUGGUGGCUCACACCUGCAUUUUAGAUGCAUCAUAUGGUUUUUAUCCUUCAUUCUGUUGGUAUGUAUCAUGUUGAUUGAUUUGUGCAUGUUUAAUCAUCCUUGCAUCCCAGGGAUAUAUCCCACUUGGUCAUGAUGGAUGAUAUUUCUAAGAUAUUGUUUAAUUUUGUUUGCUAGCACUUUGUUGAGGAUUUCUGCGUCAUUACCCAUCAAUGUUAUUGCCUUGUAGAUUUCUUUUAUUCGUAAGUGUUUGGUUUUAGUAUCAUGGUAAUACUGGCCUCAUAGAAUGAGUUUGGAACUAUUCCCUCCUCCUCUAUUUUUUGGAAUAGUUUGAAUUGUGUUAGUAUUAAAUCUUUUUUAAAUGUUUGGUAGAAUUUAACACUGAAGCCAUUACAGUGUUAAACACUUUAGAGAGGUUGAGGCAAGCAGAUCAGCUGAGGUCAAGAGUUCAAGACCAGUCUUCCCAACAUGAUGAAACACUGUCUCUACUAAAAAUACAAAAAUUAGCUGAGCGUGGUGGUGCAUGUCUGUAAUCCUAGCUACUUGGGAAGCUGAGGCAGAAGAAUUGCUUGAAUCUGGGAGGCGAAGGUUGCAGUGAGCCAAGGUGGCACCACUGCACUCCAGCCUGGAUGACAUAGUGAGACUCUGUCUCAAAAAAAAAUAUUCUGACAGAGUUUAUCUUUUAAUAAAAAUAUAUCCCUAAAGUUAUAUCUACAUGUAAUUGAGUCAAAAAUAUAGGGGGAUGUUGAUUGAAGUCAACUGUUGCAAAAUAUAGCAGAGCAACAAGAUCAACACAUUCAGAACCUUGUAGCAUUUGGCAUAUUAUUAAUUAUGGUGCAAUUCUUUUUUAUUCCAGUAAGCAAAUUUACUAAAUCAUUAAUUCGAAUUUUUUUUUUUGAGAUGGAAUGUUACUCUGUUGCCAGGCUGGAGUGCAGUGGUGCCAUCUCAGCUCACUGCAACCUCCGCCUCCCAGGUUCAAGCAAUUCUCCUGCCUCAGCCUCUGGAGUAGCUGGGAUUACAGGCGCCUGCCACCAUACCCAGAUAAUUUUUGUAUUUUUGGUAGAGAUAGGGUUUCACCAUGUUGGCCAGGAUGGCCUUGAUCUCCACCCACUUUGGCCUCCAAAGUAACCUACAUUGCCUCUACUUUGAAGGGACAGAGUUGUCCUGGUUUUUUCCUCUUUUAUUAUUUCAUUAUAAGUAUCCUAAAACUUACAUAUAUUGCCUGUGUUUGGCAUUCUAUAACAUUAUAAUUAUAAGAGUCUCCCAAUGUCAGAAAUAUAUGUGUGAGUUCCCAUUUUUGUUGGCAAUGUACUUUAUAAGCUUUUUUAUUUUUAUUUUUAUUUUUUUAAAAAGACAAGGUUUUACCAUGUUGGUCAGGCUGGUCUUGAACUCUUGACCUCAGGUGAUCCACCCACCUUGGCCUCCAAAGUGCUUGGAUUAUAGGCAUGAGCCACUGCACCCGGCCUAUAAGCUUUUUAAUAUAGUACAAUUUUAAACUAAAAUGUAGAAAGAAUAUUAUGUUUAUAUACAACCGCAGAAAUUAUUAACUGUUGUAAUUUAAGCUGAAAAUGCAACUAUUUUAAUAUCGGUAUAGAAGUAUAGUUUCUAAUCAGCUGUAAUUUUAAAAUGCAAAGCCUAUAAAACUUUCAAGAUGUUUGCCUAUUUGUUUUUAAUAUUUAUAAUAAUUUUAUGCAAGUAGCUAUUGUUAAGCCAAGUACCUUCUUUAUUUGAACUGUAUUAUACUCUCAGACCCUUAUCCUGCCUAGAAAUGAGUAAGUAAUAAAUAUUCUAUAUUUAUUUCUUUUA